CACCAGGGUUCGCUAACCGUUUGGUUGGGUACCGGUUACUGGUUACUCAACCAGUAACCAGUUUUGCUAGGGUACCGGUUACUGGUUACUGGUUGAGUAACCAGUUCUGCUAGGGUACCGGUUACCGGUUACUGGUUGAGUAACCAAAUCAAACAACCGGUAACCAAAUGGCAAUUUGAGUAACCGAUUCGGUAACCAAAACGGCAAUUUGAGUAACCGAUUCGGUAACCGGUUCGGUAACCAGUCAACGGUCACCACACUACUUUUUUUAUUUUAAAAAAGUAAGUCUUCUGUAAGUCUUUAUUUAAAAAGAGUUCUGAUGAUCUAUCUGAUAAGCUUCAAGCCGUUCGCAAUGUCACCGGUACCAACCUUCGAAAACAAUGGCCUCUUAUGUUGUCGCGGCGACGAUGAGGGAAUGUAUUACAUAAAUCCUGUGCUGUAACAACAGAUGUCCAAGAUGUCCACGUAUUCAUCAGCGAGCUAAAUAUUUUGGUAUCGUUGCGUACCGGUGGGGAAACACGUACUACUGUAGCUAUCAUCUAGUUUGGUACCGGUGGGAAGAUCUUGCUUUUGCAAGUUCAAGGCAUGUCAGCAUUGUUUUCCAUUCUCGGCUCAUUAUUCUUAUUCUCACAAGCAAAAAGGCAAACUUGAAAACCAAAAAUGAAAGUGAAUUUAUCUCUGGCUCUGUCUUUGACGACGUUCCCGUGGGCAGAGGCUUGGUCGCCAAGUCCAAUGUUCAUGCCAAGUCUCUCCUUCCAAAGACAUCGAGGAGCAACCUUGACGCUUAGAAUUCAGGCAUCUGCAAUGGGUGUGGAAGAAAACAAGUCAAGUCAAUUGGAUCAAGUCAAAGACAAAGUCAAUGGUCAAGAAUUUGUCAACCUUCGCGAAUUUGGAUCUGUGAAUUUGGAGAAUUUGGAGAAACUGUACGAUUUGGUGGUGAUUGGAGGAGGACCUGCGGGUGUGGCUGGCGCAGUUCAGGCGGCUCAAAUGGGCCAACGUGCCAUUAUCAUUGACCGACCGAAAGCGCCGCCAUUGGCGAAUGGACUGGACCUCUUCUUUGGAGCCCCCACGGGGUUGUUCAGCAAGGCCCUUCGCGAUUGUUCCAAGACGCUCAAUCUAGCCGCCAUGAGAGCCCAGGGAUUUGACGAUGAUGUCAUUUGGAAGCAAGUCGAAAACACUGUCGUACGAUUGGCACAGCGAAAUUCGGAAGGACAGGUCGACCUCUUGAAAAGUUUGAGAAUUGAUUAUCUUCAAGGCGAGGCCACUCUAUUGAGUCAAGACCACCCUGCCGAUCAACACGACGACGAAGAAGAAGAAGAAACCUUCCAGCCUAGAAAUAUUCUCAUCAAAAAAGCACCCAUUCAGGGAUCCGAUGGAAUCAUCAAGGAAGAUCAACAGACCACCAUUACUGGAGCAAAAGUUCUUUUGGCUACCGGUUCCAAGGCUACCAGAUUCAACGGAAUCCCAUUCGAUGACAAGAGAAUCUUUGAAAGUGACUCCAUCAAUCGACUAGGCUUUUUGCCAAACUCAGUCGUCAUUGGUGGCGCGGGAAUCAUUGCCAUUGAAUUUGCUAAUAUUUUCAAGAAUCUAGGAGUCGAUGUUACCAUGCUCAUCCGAGGAACACUCGCGGACAGUGCAAAGAAACUAGGGGUCGACCCGGAUGUCACCGAUGAACUCAUCCGGCUACUCAUCGAUUCGGGUGUACAGAUCAAGGAAGGCGCUUCGGUCGAAGAGUUCGAAUCCGUACCAUCUGCAGAUGCAGCUCAAGGCGAGACAGAUGGAAAGGUCGUUAUGAAACUCACGGAUGGAACCAAACUCGAGUCAGAUAUCUUUUUGGCGGCCUAUGGUCGUUCCGCAAACGGAAAGGAAGUCGACACCGGACUCGAUUCAGCCGGGGUCGAUGUCUCGGAUCGUGGAGAAAUAUGCAUUACUGAGAAAGAUUCAUUGGGCACAUCCAGCCCUAAUGUGGCCGCCGCCGGCGACUGCGUUGGAUGGCCAAUGUUGGCUUCCAGUAGUAUGGAACAGGCCGUACAUGCCGUAGAACACAUGUUUGAUAGCAAGAAAGCUGGACAACCUCUUGACUUUGCAACUGACAUGUCCAUUGGGAUUUGGACCAUUCCAGAAAUUGGGUACUUUGGGAUGACCAAAGAAGCUGCUGCAGAGAGAGGCAUCAAAGUCAUCGAGGGUGUCGCGACUUUCGACAAGUGCCUUCGAGGCCGCGUUUUUGAUCCAGAUGGAUUGCUCAAGCUGGUCGUAGAUGCCGAUUCUGGAAGGAUUGUUGGUGUUCACAUUAUUGGAAAAGAUGCAGCCGAGAUGGUCCACUACGGAAUGUCAUUGGUCCGAUCCAAGAACACCAUCUACGACUUGAUGACAACCAUGUUCACGGCCGUCACUUUCCAUGAGUUGUUCAAAGAGGCAGCUUUGGCCGCAAAUCAACAGCUUGACUUUGGUGUCGAGUGGCAAAAGAUUUUCGAGGAUUUGUCAGACGCAUGCCCCAUUGAUCCAGAAACUGGAGAAGCACUCGAAACAACCAUGGAGGAAUUGCGCGAAACCUUUGAUAAGCUAGACGACGAUGGAAGUGGUGCCCUUGACGAGGAGGAAUUGCGUGCACUCUUUAUCAGCGUGGGAAGAAAACCACGCAAGCGAACAAUCUCCAAUCUUAUACGCCUGGCCGACUUGGACGGAGAUGGUGUGAUCGAUUGGGAAGAAUUCAAACUAAUCUGGGACAGAAUCCAAUGUUGAGGAAUAACCUGAAUGCAUCAUGUAUGCAUGCGCAUGGUCCCAAGGCAAUUGUUACUCGUGGCAUUCACGUUACCACCAUAUUAUACAGGCAGGUAGCCAGCCAACCACGAUACUUACAGGCAGUAGAAACAGAUAUAAGAUUAGCACCGCCAAAUUGAGAGGCUUUUUUCUUCUUACGCUCCCAAAACGAAUCCUAAGGAUGGUCUUGGGGAGCACAACUAUUGCAGGCUUGUACAUUGGGAGCUGGUCUGAGUGCCAAUCGAUCAAAAGGGCUGUGCUAGCU